AUGGAGAUGGAAGCUUGUAUAUCUUUUACGGAUGUCUUAGAAUCGGAUGUUCCUGACUUGGAAGAUUUGGAGCCUUCGAUGUACGAUAUUAUACCAAGUAGCUAUGAAUUGACGAGAGAUUUAGCUCAUUCCUCUGCAAUAAGAUCUUCUCUUGACAUUGACGCUGCUGCUGGACCUCGUCAAAAAUUACAAAAUGCCAUCGCAGCAGUCAAAAACGAACAUCGCCUCGAAAGGAACGGGCAAUAUGCAACAAGUGUACUGAAAGGUAGCACUUGGACAGUACAAUCGCAGAACCAAUAUAGUUCAAAUCAAAGACAGCCGUCCACUAAGGCCAAGUUAUCUGGGAGAACAUACUCUACUCUUUCCAAGCCAGAAGAUUUACUCGCUUCCCGUGGCUCUGUGUCUAACUCUUGGGCCAGACAUAGAGACAGCUCUCCUCUACCUUCUCACAGAUAUAACACCUUGCCUAUCAACCCUAGACAUUUAAGUUUGGACCCAGAAGGCGAAGACGAAAUUGAUCAAUGGGCAGUUCAGACUGAAACUAAAUACUCUGAGGAUAUCGGUAAAGAGUUCACUGUAGCCAAGCGCAGAAAACAACAACCUAUUGUUCGACUUCCUCCUGAGCCAUCUACUCACCCAAAACCUGGCUUCUCUUAUUCAAGUUUAAUUGGCCUUGCUUUAAAAAAUAGCGUCAAUGGUCAACUCACAGUAUCUGAAAUAUAUGCUUUCAUUCUGGAGAAUUUCCCAUAUUUCCGUACUGCUCCUUCUGGUUGGAAAAAUUCUGUUCGACACAACCUCUCGCUUAAUAAGUGUUUCAAAAAAGUCGAUAUUGAUCCAUCAGAGACGCAGACUGCUCGGAAGUCGUGUUUAUGGAUGAUAAGUCCAGAUAAGUUAGAAAAAGUCGAGCAAGACAUCCGUAAAUGGCGUGAUAGAAAUCCAGACCCAGCUGCACAUGGUUUAGCCAGACCACAGGACAUGUUAGCUAUCGAAGAAGGCACAAAGGGAUUACCAACCAUGAACCCUGAAAGCAGAUCUUACAGAGUUAAUAAUAGUUCCGUUAUUAAAUCCGAUCCUGUAUCUACAUCACCUACACACUCAUUAGAGACAUAUGACUUUAUUGAGCCAUCUAAUCAUUUAGAUGUUGAUGUUGAGAUGAAGUUAGACUUUCUUGAGGAGCAACUAUGUUUUUCACCAACACCAUCUCAUGAAUCGUUAUCUAUACAUUCAGAUGAAUCCAUACAGCCACCGUUUAAGCGUCCUUAUUCUCAUAUUUUGGCAAGUCCUCCUAAGGAGUUUUUAAUGUCUCGGUCGUUAUUAUUGGUUUCACCUCCACGGAAUAAAAAGGAAGUUGAAUUGUCUGUUUCACCAAUAAGAUAUCUUGGCUGCUCCAGCUUCGAUAUAGCACGAGACGCAUUGAACGAUAACUCGCUAAUGAGCGCUGCUUUAGGCCAAAGUCCAUAUAAGGGUCCUGUAACAUUCCCUGCGUUCUAA